AUGUAUGGACGAAUGAAAAUAUCCACAAUAAACCGUAUAAUACGACUACCUAUACGAAGCAACAGCUAUCAACCACCAUCCAUCGCAUUCAAUACUCUAACACUUGCAUUCAGAUAUAAGUCAACUAAUAGUACACAAGAACAACAACCACAAUAUAAUUUCGCAGAAAGGAGCUUCCCACCAGUCCCACUCUCUUCGGAUCAUACCUCAUCUCCACCUCCGCCACCUCCAGCCCCCAUGGUUGAUGAAAUCAUAAAUCGAAUCAAACCAGUCACUCCUAAUGAUUUAUACGUCUCCUGCACAAUAUUCGAUAAUCAAGGUAAUAUCACCUCCGUAUCCAAGAAAUACCCAAAAAUGACAUUCCUAAAAGAUAAUCAUCUCUUUCCGAGAGAUUUACGUAAGAUCGAUACAUCUUCAAUCGAUGUUGCUCCAACCAUUAUGAUUCGUCUAAGCGACGCCAUCUUGGUGAAUUUAUUACACAUAAAAGCAAUUAUCAAGAAGGAUAGUGUCAUGGUAUUCGAUACUUCCACACCUGAGGUAGCGACGAAACUAGGGUUGUUUAUGUAUGACUUGGAAUUGAAAUUGAAGACGAAUGUAGGGAAUAGUGGAAUCUGUUAUGAAUUUAGGGCAUUGGAAUCGAUUUUGAUAAGUAUUAUGAGUUAUCUUGAAGCGGAGAUAAAAUUGCAUUCAUCAAGUUGUGGGUUAAUAUUGGCGGAGUUGGAGGAUGAAGUUGAUAGACAUAAAUUACAGGAAUUAUUAAUUCGACUGAAGAAAUUAUCGAGUUUUUAUCAAAAGGCAGUCUUGAUUAGGAAUGUGUUGGAAGAGUUGUUGGAGAAUGAUGAGGAUUUGGCGGGGAUGUAUUUAACGGAGAAGAAGAUGUUUAAGCCUGAUAUAGAGAAUUAUCAAGAUUUAGAAAUGAUUUUGGAAUCGUAUUAUAAUCAAUGUGAUGAAUUUGUUCAAACUGCGGGGAGUUUGUUGAGUGAUAUUAAAGCAACUGAAGAAAUCGUGAAUAUUAUCUUGGAUGCCAAUAGAAAUUCUUUAAUGUUGUUUGAGUUGAAAAUAACUAUAUAUACUUUAGGUUUCACUGUUGCAACUUUAUUACCCGCAUUUUACGGAAUGAAUCUUAAGAACUACAUUGAAGAAUCAAAUAUUGGAUUCGGAAUCGUUGUGGUUGUAUCAUUGAUACAAGGGUUAUUCAUCACUUGGUUGAAUUUCAAGAGAUUACACAAGGUUCAAAAAUUAACCAUGAUGGGAACAGGAAAUCCAAAAGCAUCCUCAGCGGCAUCGAAAGCAAAAACAAAGACAACCUCACUUAGAAGAAUACCACAACCAAUGCAUAGAUCUAGACAGAGGGAUUCGUUCUGGUAUAAGUUGUUCUUUGGACAGGGUAUAAAGAGAAAAUAUGAUCGUCCAACAAAACGAGAAAAGGAUGUUAUAUGGAGGAUGAUCAAUGAUGAAAGACCAUUAAGAUAG